AUGAUCAGCUCGUUCGAAACUCUACAAUAUCACCCCACACCUGGGGAGCCAAAGGUUCUAUCAGAUGAAUGGAUCAGAUUGAAGCUUGACAAGAAAACGCCUCCUCCAGAUCCUCGCUACGUCCUCGCAAGAGAAAUCGAGAUCAUCUCAACCCAGUGGCCAUGGGAAUGGACUAAAGGUUUUGAGCCCGAGAAGUGGACUAUCGCCAUGAUGAGGGACCUGCGGGAUCUGAUCAAGGGGUAUCAGGGCAGGUUCAAUCUUUGCGGCGAUAAAUGCCAUCCUCUCAAGGUCGGUCUGAUUCGCUCCGCAAGGGAGAGGGAUAAGAACAAUCCAAAGCUCAGCAGAGAUGAUCUGAGUAAUGCCCUCGGGUAUUACGAGCUUGAUACAAAGAAAGAAAAGAAGCAACAGCAAGUGUCUGUGCCCUGCGAGAAUACCGCCGCGACACCGAUCGUGGUUGAGGAUACGCCCCCGGAGACGCCCAAUGCUGUGUCACGGGCUUCUCCGGUGCCGUCUUCCCCAUCGGUUGUGUCCGACUACACAUCGGCGUCCUCUCCUGUUUCCAGGGCGUCGAGUGUCACGACGGUCACGGCGGAUUCUCCAGGGGCUACACGUGCGGAGUCACCAUGUCCGACCGUCCACGAAGAUGAAGUGGACGCGACGAUGGAAGAUGACUCUAUGUUUGUGGAAACAGUAUCAGAUUUUCCUGAAUACAGGAGCUCCAGCGCCGAUAAGGGAGAGGACUGCAAGUCCCCUAAAUCAAAACCAUCGCCGCAGCCUGAAGGCAUGGAGUCCGAACCUUCGGUGCAACCUCAACCUGAGGAGCCUUCUGAAACUGUUGAACGGGCUGAAGCUCACGUCAGAGAGUCAGUAGAGACAGAGAUGCAAAUCGACUCUGAUGUGCCUGUCCACGAACCUGUUGCUGAAAACGUUACAGAUUCAAACUCGAGUUCGCCACAACCACAAUCAACUUCUUCAAUCCCCUCAACUCCUGAGGAUAUCAUCAAAAGCCUAGAACUCCUAAAACUCCAAGAAAAAUCAGAAGGAGAAAAGCUCACGCCACUCCUCACAACCUCAAAAACCAAAGUACAAGCCACAGAGUCCGCCAUGGCAGCUACACAAGGCCCCAACAGAAAAAUUCAAGCCCUGUGCGAGAACUACAAGAUCUUCCAGGCAAGAAAGGCAGAGAUCGUCGACGGCCUGGCAUUUCUCAAAGAAAACCUUGAACGACGAAACGUUCACCCAGAGUCAGAUGAAUAUAGACGGACUCUGAUGCACAACAACUCAAGGCUGCAGCAUUGCGAGACCACCAUAUGCAAUGUGCAGAAAGAAAUCGAGGAGGAAUUCAAAAAGGCGACAGAUAGGAAGAUUGAGAUUAGAGGGCAGCUUGAGAAGGAGUAUGCUGAGUUUGAGCAGCUGCAGAAUAAGGAGAGGGGAAUUUGUCGCAAUGUGCAGUAUUACAGCUUUAUAGCCUCGCUGUUGAGGUUGGGUCCUCUGGGACUGGAUAGCUUGCUGUACAAACUGCGGUAUAGUGGUGUUGAUGUGGUCGGUGAAGUCAACAAGAACUCUCCUGAUGUCGUGCUGGAUCACGUCAUGACGACCUAA